AUGUCCUCCGACGUCACGGUGAGUCGCGCGCGGCACAGUCUGUCUUCGCAGGCGUUUGGGGCGGCUGUGCCGCAACUCGAUGAUGUCCUUGCGACUCUGGGAACUCCUGAGGAGUCCACAGAGGAUGAAGACGACCUCAUCGCUGCGUGA